CUCAAAAAGCUGCAGCUGUUGCUGGUAGCCGUGGUAGGUUGUCAACUAAAGGGUUUGGUUACUGUUGCUGCUGCAAUGAAAACAUCGGCAGUGGAUGAUGAGAGUGGAUCCAGUCCAUUAAUUACCAAGAUUUGAGUGUGUGCGUGUGUGUAUGCGCGUGAGCGUGCGCGUGUGUGUGUUUGCGGGGCGAGCAUGUAGCAUGCUCCGUUUCCUGAAGCGACCAGGCUCCACCGGGGACCUCCCGCCGGCCGGCCCCAUGCACCCCUCUCCCCGGGACACGCCGCGCUGAGCCCCGCCACCCCCCCCCCCCAGGCCACACCUCCGCCGCCAUUUGUCUUCAUGAAGAUUCCUGACAUCGGUGAUGUGAUGAAUAAAUUUGAGGUCCUUGGGAUUGUAGGUGAAGGAGCCUAUGGAGUGGUCCUGAAGUGCCGGCACAAGGAGACAAAUGAAAUUGUGGCCAUUAAGAAGUUCAAGGACAGCGAAGAGAAUGAGGAGGUCAAGGAGACGACACUUCGGGAGCUGAAGAUGCUUCGCACCUUAAAGCAGGAAAACAUUGUGGAGCUGAAGGAGGCCUUCCGCAGAAGAGGCAAACUGUACCUGGUCUUCGAAUAUGUGGAGAAGAAUAUGCUGGAGCUGCUGGAGGAACUGCCCAAUGGGGCGCCACCAGAGAAAGUGCGAAAUUACAUCUAUCAGUUAAUCAAAGCAAUUCACUGGUGCCAUAAGAACGACAUCGUCCACAGGGAUAUCAAGCCUGAAAAUCUCCUCAUCAGCUCCGAGGACAUUCUCAAGCUCUGCGACUUCGGCUUUGCCCGCAACCUAUCAGAGGGAAGUAAUGCCAACUACACUGAGUAUGUGGCCACACGCUGGUACCGCUCCCCAGAGCUCCUGCUAGGGGCGCCGUACGGAAAGGCUGUGGACAUGUGGUCAGUGGGCUGCAUCUUGGGGGAGCUCAGCGACGGGCAGCCCCUCUUCCCCGGCGAGAGCGAGAUCGACCAGCUCUACACCAUCCAGAAAGUUCUGGGGCCUCUGCCGCCCGAGCAGAUGAAGCUGUUCUACAACAACCCCCGCUUCCACGGCCUACGGUUCCCUGCAGUGAACCACCCUCAGACCCUGGAGAGACGGUAUCUGGGGAUCAUCAGUGGCCUGAUGCUGGAUCUGAUGAAGAACCUCCUGCAGCUGAACCCGUCAGAGAGAUUUCUGACUGAUCAGAGCCUGAACCACCACGCCUUCCACACCCUGCGCCUGCUGGACCGGACCGGACCACCCUCACCCACGCCCCCACGCUCCUCCAAGAGAAAGCCUUACCACGGGGAGAACAACGCCUCCAGCAGGAAUCAUGGGGGCAAGAGCUCAGGACAUCACCGUUCCAACAGCAAGGACUGCUCCAGCCUGCCCCGCCAUGAGGACCUGCACCCCACCAAUGACAGUUUCCUCAACGGCAACAUGCCGGCCUCCGCCAGCCUCAGCCCCACCCUCCACCCCAAGACCUACCAGGCCCAGUCCCUCAACCGCUCUGCCUCCAGCAGCAAGGACCUGGCCAACAACAACCUGCCGCACCUGCUCAGCCCAAAGGACACCAAGGGCAAGACCGAGUUCGACUUCAACGUGGGGGCCAAGGCGGCCGACGGCCCCGGAGCCAAGUACCUGAAGUCCAACUCCCGCUCCCAGCAGAACCGCCACUCCUUCAUCGAGGGGAAGACCAGCACGCUGCAGUCCGGCGAGAAGCACGGCCGCCACAGCUACAUGGAGACCUCCCACGGCUCCAUGCCCUCCUCCACCAAGAGCGCCGCCUCCUACCUGAGCCUGUCCAAGAGCCACGGGGCCCUCAGCGACGCCAAGUCCGUGGGGAACCUGAGCGAGGCUCGGCUGCACCCGGACGACCAGCCGGGGCCCGGGUCCCGCUACUUCCCCUCCAGCUGCAUGGACCUCAACGUCCCGGGGAGCCCGUCCGGGCGGCACGGGGAGCGGCCCGCCCUCAGCCCCUCGGGCCGGGCCAACCCGCGUCUGGAGAGCGGAACCCUGGACUCCCGCCGCUCCUCCACCCGCCACAAAAACCUGGAGGAGACCGUGUCCCCGGAGCUGCUCGACCCGGGAGGGGGCGGGGCAGGGGGAGGGGCCGGAGGGAGCCACGCCCACUCCCUGUCGGCCCCCCACGAGUCGUUCCCCUACGGCCUGGGCUACACCAGCCCCUUCUCGUCGCAGCAGCGCCCCCACCGGCACUCCAUGUACGUGCGGCGGGAGCGGCACCGAGCGCACGGGCCCGACCCCGGCCUGGCGGUCGGGCAGGGCAUGCCGACGCGCGCCAGCAGCCUGCAGCUCCUCUCCCCACAGCUGCAGCACCGCACCCUCACCCGCCACUCUGGCAGCUCGUCCAGGGAGGACUGCACCGAGGACGUGAGCAGGAGCAACCAGUCUCCCACAGAGGUGACCCACACCCGAGCCCCGAUAAAAGACUCCACGCGGGACAACACAGCACCCUUUCCCACACAGCGUCAAAAAAGCGAGGUUGGUAUGUACCACGACACGCACCCAGAGGACGGAGCGUCGUCCAAGGAGAACCGCAUCAUCUACAGUGACUCUAUGCCGCGCCGGGUGGGCAGCUUCUACAGAGUACCUUCUCCCCGACCGGACAACACCUUCCAUGAGAGCAGCGUGCCAGGCCGGGGGUCCGCAGGGGGCGGGGAAAACAGUGCCAUGACCAAUCACUCUAAGCGCCAGACAAACUUCGACCCCUGGAACAACCCGGAAGCCGUGACCCUGAACCCUCCUGAACCUUCCAAAGAGAAGGAGAAGCAGGGCUUCUUCAGAGCAAUAAAGAAGAAAAAGAAGAAGUCUCAGACGACAGAGUUCGACGAUGGAAGGAAUCCGAGCAUCAAGAAAUGCCUUUUCCCUCUGUUUAAUUCAAAGAAUAAUAUAAAACAUAGCUUCUCUAUGAAAGCCCCUCCCGUAGUCUCCUCACCUAUGCAGGUUCCCAGCGACGGCCAGGAUCACCUGGUCAUACAGAAGGCCGUCCGGUCUUCCACUCACCAGAGCAGCCGGCACAGGAACCGCGGGGAGAGAGACCGCGAUCGGGACCGCGAUCGAGACCGCGACCGGGAGCGAGAAAGAGAGCGAGAAAGAGAGCGAGAGAGAGACCGAGACAGAGACAGGGACAAUGAGUGGCCUUCAGAAAAGCUGACCGAACCCCACCCUCAGAGUCAGCCGCUCAAAUCCCUGCGCAAGCUCCUGCACCUCUCCUCCUCCUCCGCCGCCAACCAGGCCACGCCCGCCGAACUGCGCUUCCAGCCGCUGCCCAACCCCCCCUCCAAGGGAGGCUUCAGUGAGGGGAGGGGCCACCCCGGCGCCGGCUCCGCCCAGCCCAAGAGCCGCCAGGCCGCCGCCUACACUCUGGCCGGACAGAUCGAGUCCAACUGGCACGUGUCGGCCCUCAACCGGGCCGAGGGGACCGGCUACCCCGAGCAAAUAUCCGGCAAGGUGGGCCAAAAUGGGCCCGGGUUUGCCCGCCCCCCCCGGGCACGAAUGCCAAACCUCAACGACCUGAAAGAAACCGCUCUGUAGAGGAGCAAUGCCCCGCCCCCC